AUGUCGUUGCCGUCCAUAGGCAAACUUGGUGGCUCCUCUCUCGAGCGGUGGAACUGUCGGCGGCGCUGGAGACAAGCCGGAAGGCGAUAUUUCGGCCAUGGAUUUGGAUGUGUUUUACGUUGCUGGUCGCCAGAACCGUCAGCACCGGGGCAAUUGAGGAACUGUGCCUUCACUACCACCGAAAGUCCACUGCGUCGCUAUCACGUCGAUGUUCCAAUAUAUGCCGUAGUCGUUGGUUGGACGUGUCAAGGAACGUGCGUUGCGGAGGGCUGGCUGCGACGCUCGACUGUCAGGGUUUUGAAUCGCGCCCCAGACAAGACACGGCACGGCAUUCCCAACAUCGACGCGUCGACCAUCACCCGGACCUUGCGUCAAUGCGACGUGAAGCACGAAUGUUUGAUCAGCGGCUCACCAAGUCUUCUCGCAUAUUACGCGACGAAAUCUCGCAUUGAGAGUGAAGAGCAUGAGCAAUCCAUCUUAGCUGGCGGAAAGUGUGGGAACUUCGAAGCAGACUUCAAGCAGUCAUGA